CUAGAUGCGCUAUUCACACCUGUUUAGCAGUGUCUGAAAGGCUCAAAUCUUAGUUAUCACGUGAUCUCGUUCCACAGCUGUGAAUAGACUUGUGCAUGCCAAGUACGGCCAGUAUACCAACUCCCUGCUCAUUUCUCUCGUCCUCCCGUCCACAGUCUCACAGACACGCUCAACACGGACUUCAUGUCUCCAGUCAGACUCUCCGUGAUCAGACUCGUAUAAUCCCCCGCACCGCCGACUUCCUCAUCGGGACUCGUCAUCUAAUUCUGCAAUUACCCGUCACUGACAGCUUCCAACCACCAGACUACCGACAGCGCUCCCUGUCGACGCGGAAGCAGUCGCACAACCUUGGAACUCCUUCUCUGCAGCCUCGUCAGCCACCGGACUCGCCGACGCAAGGCAAGCCUCCCCAGGUCCCUUCUGUGCUUCAACCCCAGGACACGGAGCCCGACCCCAGCAAAUAACCCAGGGAUGUUUUGCAGCGCAGUCGCCUCAUUCAAGCCCAACGCCGUCACCUGAUCGCGCCCGCUCGCCAUACCCUGUCAUGUGUGUCUCCCAAGGACCGGAGUUCUCUCUGUGCCGAUUCCACGCGAUAGGACAGCCCUAUAUCUCGCCCAAUCACGGCGCCCUUCACAUCGAACAGAUCAGAUAAGGUUACUUCUCCCGCACGUCCUGCAUCACGCACACACCCAUUCCCCCUCUUACACCAUCUGCCGAG